AGGCUGAAUUUAGAUAUAUUGCAGGUGAGUCAAGUAUCCUUGAGAAGUCAUUAAACCCUGGAUUAGAGAGCAUAGGCAUCCGAGUGCCUGACUAUAACUUCAUCAGGGUAAUCGCCCGUGGUUCUAGAAGUGCCCUUGCACUUACUAGCGCUAACCUCAGUGGACAACCCAGUAGCAUAAACAUCAAAGAUUUUGAGAACCUUUGGGAGAAUUGUGCAUAUGUCUAUGAUGGCGGAAUUCUUCCGGCUGGGCGAGCAAGAUCAAAAGUGGUGGAUCUUACCAAGUUGGGAAAGUACAAGAUUCUAAGACCUGGGAGUGCCAAGGAAGAGACUGUUGCUAUCCUUGAAAGACAUUCCUUACUGGAAGAUGGAACUGGAGAUUAG